AUGUACAAGGCAUGUCAAGAACACAAUAAAGGGGAGUACAGGUGGCAAGCAUAUAUAAACACCAAACCUAUCAAAAAUCUACACAGUUACCAGACAGUUAUAACAAUCCAUUCCCCAACGAAACUUAUUGCUUUAACGCUGAUUUUUGCCCAGCUACUGGGCACCAUUUAUUGCGGAGUGUACGAUAAUACGGACCGCUGGGUCCUCUCGGAUAAGUCGCAAAACUUCCCUGAAAACGCAGUUCUCGGUGGCAUCGAUUCAUACGGCUAUGAAAACUACGUGGGACGCGUCGUUUAUUCAAGCUCGAUUCUGCCGGCCCGUGUUAGGUCCGAAACUGGGUACACUACCUACAACACCGACACACUCGCUAAUCAGGCAACCUCCUACGAGUUGCUGGUCGCCAAUGAGACCGUCAGCUAUCACUGGGUGCGCAGCUACGAUGGCUUCAGGGAAAGGAAUGCUGUUUCUGUGGGCACAAGCACCUUGAAUGAACGUGUUUACGUGUGCCGCGCCAGAACUGAUGGCGGUAUAUUUAUUGGCACCCUGUAUCUGUCGGAAAAGGUGUGCUUUAUUCGGUAUGAGAAUUUCCCUAUGAGACAGAUCAGUAAAUACGAGGUACUGGUCCGACAAGUUACACCUGCAGCUAGGGCACCAUUCGUCAAUCAAAUCAAUUGAUAAGAUUGCAAACGAACA